AAAAUUGCAAGGUCAUGUAGGAUUCGAUAGUCUUCCAGAUCAGCUUGUUAACAAAUGUGUUCAUCAAGGCUUCACAUAUAAUAUAUUAUGCAUUGGAGAAACUGGUCUUGGUAAAUCUACACUGAUGGAUACACUCUUUAACACUUCAUUUGAGACACCAGAAUGUCCUCAUAAUUUGCCUGGAGUAAAAUUGAAAACUAAGACAUAUGAUCUCCAAGAGUCUAAUGUUAGCCUGAAAUUAACUGUGAUUGACACUGUUGGAUAUGGAGAUCAAAUCAACAAAGAAGAUAGUUUUAAACCAAUUGUGGACUACAUUGACACACAAUUUGAAGCAUAUCUUCAAGAAGAACUAAAAAUAAAGAGAAGCCUUGAUUCCUAUCAUGAUACUCGUAUUCAUGCUUGCCUAUAUUUCAUUUCACCUACUGGCCAUGGUUUAAAAUCCAUUGACUUAAUUUGUAUGAAGAAGCUUGAUAGUAAAGUGAAUAUCAUUCCAAUAAUAGCUAAAGCUGAUACUAUUUCCAAAGUAGAAUUGCAGAGAUUUAAGAUCAAGAUAACAAGUGAAUUAGUUGGCAAUGGAGUACAGAUAUAUCAAUUUCCAACUGAUGAUGAAGCUAUUUCAGAAAUAAAUGCUUCUAUGAAUGCACACAUUCCCUUUGCAGUUGUGGGAAGCACUGAUUUUGUUAGAAUUGGAAAUAAAUUAGCACGAGCUCGCCAAUAUCCUUGGGGUACCGUACAAGUGGAAAAUGAAAAUCACUGUGAUUUUGUGAAAUUAAGAGAGAUGUUGAUUCGAACUAAUAUGGAGGAUAUGAGGGAACAAACACACAUACGCCAUUAUGAACUGUAUAGGAGAAUGAGAUUAGCUCAGAUGGGAUUUUCAGAUGUAGGUUCAGAUAAUAAGCCUGUAAGUUUUCUAGAGACAUAUGAGCAGAAGAGACUGGAGCAUUUAGAAGAACUGCAAAGUAAAGAAAAAGAGAUGAGGGAGAUGUUUGUAGCCCGUGUUAAGGAAAAAGAAGCUGAAUUAAAAGAAGCAGAAAAAGAGUUGCAUAAAAAAUUUGAUGCUCUUAUGAAAAAACAUGCAGAAGAGAAAAGACGGUUAGAUGAAGAAAAGAAAAGAUUGGAAGAUGAAAUGAAUCAAUUUAACAAAAAACGAGCCACUAUACAAUCUCAAAACUCCCAAUUAGCGACCCAGACUUUGGGUAAAAGCAAGAAAAAAUAAAUUUUCACAACUUUAAGAUGGCUGAUGGCCAAGGCACUUAUGUCAUCAACUUAUCACUUUGGGAGACUCAGGUUCAAGCCCAGGAAUUUAUGGAUGGAUGGUCUGUUUAGAUAAGCCCACAGUAAGGACAAUUAGGUCUAUCCAAACCCAAGAUGAAUAUGAUUAAAAAAGAUUAAAGUUUCCAAAGGGCAGAGACAGUGAACAAUGAAAAAGUUUAUAUCAGUAUAGAGUCAAUGAAUUAAAUUUAAAAUAAACCACAGAGGAUGUUUACUCACAGGAUGUUUAAAAAAACUUUAUAGUAGUAAAGUCAGAAAUCAUGCUGCGAUUUACUUGAAUAAAAUUAUGGAAUAAUUAGAAAUAUACACACAGUGGAACC